AUGGAAAGAACCAUUCUUUUUGUCUUUCUUUUCACUGCUGUUGAAGGAGAUUUAGGAAAACAUGUUUAUAUCCGUCAGAACAAGAACUGGACUGAAGCUCAGGCUUACUGUCGACGACAUCACACUGAUCUUUCUUUUCUUAACAGCCAGAGUGAUAUGGACAAGCUCCGACAAGCCGCAGAUAAUCAUGGGGGCAAUCAGAAGAGCGGAUUCAUCCUAUCUAGUGGAGAAUGGGAUGAUCGCUUUGAGGGAAGUUCCCACCAUUUUUACUGCAUCGAUGUGACUGUGGAGAUGAAGAUGUCCUGGGAAGAUGCUCUGAGCCACUGCAGAGAGAAACAAACUGAUCUCCCCAAUCUGCUCUCUGAGACCGAUCAGCUUCUGGCCCAGACUGAGAUCCAGCACAACAACAUCACGGAGCGGGUGUGGAUCGGCCUGCGUUUCCUGGGUGACCGCUGGCUGUGGGUGAACGGUGACCCUCUGGAAUAUGAGGCUUGGUCCAAAGAAGAAGCUCAGGACCACCAGUGUCCGAUAUGGAAACGCUGUGGAGCUUUUACCAAAGACGGACUGUGGGAGAACUGGGACUGCCAAGAGAAACUCAACUUCUUCUGUAUCUGA